AUGGCGGCAAGAAAAGGCCUACCCAUCUCUACGCCUACUGCAGUCCAUCACCCAUCAUCCGCUGGGGCCGAUAUUGGCCAGAAUGCUCCAGUCGAUGUACCUAAUGCCCCUCCUUCACCCACGGAAUCUGGCCCAGCUGCCGAAUCUCUUUUGUCCCCUAACCGUACCCCCACCCAGCUAGGCUCUGCCCUUGAGUUGGGUAGUCGUCCUAAGCAAACUGAACCUAGUCCAACUGCCACCGCUAGCGAUCCUUCCGGUGGUGAUGUCAACUAUGACCCAGGAUACACAGACAACGACAACCUGUGCGAAACAUGUCACUGCCUACUUGAACCUGACCUUGAACUUGAAGGCUGGGAAGUAGAGGUAGAGCAGCGUUUACCAUCACGCUACCAUUGCAAACUUACCUCCAAAGAUACUACGAAUAUGACUUGGUCUGGCAAUUUGAAGAGCAGCCUUUUCAACGACAAAUGUCCUCUUUGUCGCGAGCUGCUUUGCGGUUUCGAGAAUGAGAUAGUCUCUCAACAUUCUACGCGGGGUGAAAUUAGUGUUGCCAAAACUUUAAGGUACCAGGAGUUUCGGGAAUGCUUCGUGAUUUCGCUUGAUGUACACGAUACUCGUUUGGAGUUUGUGAGGCAGAAGGCGAGUGUCAACCUUGACCCAGAGCACGCAUAUUAUCCGUGGAGUGAUUAUUCCCCGUGUGUCGAGUAUUAUCCGGCACCGCAGUUCAUAGGAAAUCCAGGCCCUUUUGGAUCAGACACAGGUUCAGAUCGUAGCUGGCAAAUUGCGAGCAGCUGGAUGGCCAAAUGUCUAUCGAGCCAUCACGAAUGUACCCAAUCGCAGAGUGUGGCCCCGCCACUCCCUACAAGAGUUAUUGAUGUUGGGUCUGUGGGUGAGCCUUGUCUACCGCGCCUACAUGUGGUGACCGAAAACACUCCAGGUCGGUAUGCAACCUUGAGUCAUCGUUGGGCAUCUCGAGGAAUGCUGAAACUGGAGGUCAACAACUGUGAAGAUUUCCAACGUGAAAUCCCUUGGAAAAAUCUACCAAAGACCUACCAAGAUGCCAUAGAGGCAACACGGCGCCUGGGAAUUCGGUACAUUUGGAUAGACUCCUUGUGUAUCAUCCAGGACUCCCCGGAUGGGAAGGACUGGGUCGCCGAGUCAGCAAAAAUGAAGAGCGUGCAUGAGAACUCGCACAUCAACUUCGCCGCGGCAGAUGCCAUGGAUUCCACACAGGGUUGCUUUUUCGAGCGAGACCCUUUCUCCAUCCGCCCACUUCGCCUUCGUAUCGACUUGGAACGCAAAUCAGGAUACUACUACGCCGCAGGAUCUCACCGGUUUGCAUACAACGUCGCACCGGCCCCUUUGUACCGGAGAGGAUGGGUUUAUCAGGAGCGAACACUGGCUCCUCGCAUCAUCCACUGCUGCGCCAAACAGCUGUACUGGGAGUGUCUCGAGAGUAUUGCCAGU